GUAGUCAUAAUAUCGAUGAGAUCACGAAUUGCCUUGCUCUCGAUGUUGAAACCGUGGUCGGCUUUGAUCCCUUCCCCAAUGCUGAACGAGGUCGUCGAUGGUCCCACGGCCACAGAAAGAGACAGAUCGCUCUUGGACUCUCGCAUCAUCGAUGUUUCUUUGAACAAGAUACUUGUCAAAUUGAUCUUGGGAGAGCGCGUGCCUCUCAACAUCACCAGUGUCAAGGCCAUUGAUCCAGCAUUGGGUCAAUCCUUGUCGGCUUUGCAGAAAUUUGCCGAUAUGAAAAAGGCUAUUGAGACAGACGAAACAUUGAACCAGAUGGAACGAUCGAAGCGUAUCUCAAAACUAGAAGUCAACGGUGUCACCUUGGAGGAUAUGUGCCUUGAUUUCACUGUACCCGGCUACGAUGAUCUGGAGCUCAAGGCAUCAGGAAAAGAUAUUUCUGUCAACACUACCAAUGUCGAAGAAUAUAUCGAAUUGGUGAUUGAUACUAUCAUUGGCCGUGGUGCUCGUCCAGCGGUUCAAGCCUUCAAGGAAGGUUUCUCUACUGUUUUCCCUAUCACAGAUCUCUGCGCGUUUUCGGCCGAGGAACUGAUCAUGAUGUUUGGAAAUGCCGACGAAGACUGGAGCACCGAGA